AUGAGCCAGCACUAUGCUCUGCAAGCUGCCAGAGAGACUGCCAUCCCAAGAACCAAGGAUGGGCUGGAUAUGGACAUGGCUGGGAGCUUGGAUGAGCAGGCAUGGGUUACUGAGAAGGAUGAGCCUGCUCUUGAAUCUGUCUUACAAGAAUAUCAUGACACACAAUCAUGGCACAGCAUUGGAUCCAGGCCUCAUGCUGCAAAGCUUGCCAGAUGGAAUGCUUGCUGGGUGGCUGAGCUUCCAGUGAUGGAGCAAGCAUUUCUGCAUUGGCAGCAUGGUCACUCAAAGGAGCAUGUGGACCUGAUUCCUGAGUUGUUAGGCUCAGGUGGGUACUUGAUACAGGUAGUGGGCUGGAAAGGGAGCUUGUUGACUUGA